AUGUGUUACAAGACCAACUAUGAGCCUUAUUCUCAGUCUCGGGGAAGCAUUGAUAGCAGACGGUCGCCUCCGCCAGAUGAGCUCCUGCUUUCACCUUUAGCAACACUCUACCCGCAUGUUGCAGCUCUGCAACCCCAGUACAACCCCAGCAGCUGCACAUUCACUGGUUACCAAGAUACGGAAUAUUGGGCAGCAGCCUACACCACACAACCUCUGGAGAAUAGCAGCACAUCAACUCGUCGCGGCUCGGAUGCUUUACCAUGCCGCAUUGCCUCUAAAUUAUUUCGGUUCCUGAGCCGAGAUGACAUCAAGCAGCGUCGGGGAUCCCGAGCGACAGCUUGA